AUGCAGAGAUCACAUCCUGAUUUUUACACGCUACUGCAAUCUUUUGUUAUCCACAGACCACACACAUCCAUUGCAGUAAUUAUGCUAAUGCAGAACAUGUGUUCCACAUUUUUAGAUGUUGUUAAGGUCCUUGAAGAUGGAGACUUGCAGACUCUUGGCUUGUUGGAUUAUGACAAAAGGUUGAAACAUUCUUUCACUGCCCAUCCAAAGGUUGACCCUUUUACAGCUAAUGCUUGGGAAGAGGGUGAUGAAGUUGUUCUCACUACCUGCCGUCUUGAGAACCCAGAUUUGGACAAAGUGAAUGGACAUCAAAAUGACAAGCUCGAAAACUUCGGGAAUGAGCUGUAUAUACCUGCAAUCUUGAUCUAUAUUUUUGUUAUGAAGUAA